AUGUCGGCGGCCAUCUCUGCCUCGGAGAAGGUGGAUGGCUUCACGCGGAAAUCGGUGCGCAAGGCUCAGAGGCAGAAGCGCUCGCAGGGCUCUUCGCAGUUCCGGAGUCAGAGCAGCCAGGUGGAGCUCUCGCCUCUGCCCCAGCUUAAAGAUGCCACCUCAAAUGAACAGCAAGAUCUCUUUUGUCAGAAGUUGCAGCAGUGUUGUAUACUGUUUGACUUCAUGGACUCUGUUUCAGACCUGAAGAGCAAAGAAAUUAAGAGAGCCACAUUGAAUGAACUGGUUGAAUACGUUUCAACAACUCGUGGUGUGAUUGUUGAGUCAGCAUAUGCUGACAUAGUGAAAAUGAUUAGUUCUAAUAUUUUCAGAACACUUCCACCAAGUGAUAAUCCAGAUUUUGAUCCAGAAGAAGAUGAACCUACUCUUGAAGCCUCCUGGCCUCACAUACAGUUGGUGUAUGAAUUUUUCCUGAGAUUUUUGGAGAGCCCAGAUUUCCAGCCUAGUAUUGCAAAGCGAUACAUUGAUCAGAAAUUUGUACAGCAGCUGUUGGAGCUUUUUGAUAGUGAAGACCCACGAGAGCGUGAUUUCUUAAAGACAGUCCUUCAUCGAAUCUAUGGAAAAUUCCUUGGACUAAGGGCAUUCAUCAGAAAACAAAUCAACAACAUUUUCCUCAGGUUUAUAUAUGAAACAGAACAUUUUAAUGGUGUUGCUGAACUACUUGAGAUAUUGGGAAGCAUUAUUAAUGGUUUUGCACUGCCAUUGAAAGCAGAACACAAACAGUUUCUUAUGAAGGUGUUGAUUCCUAUGCAUACUGCUAAGGGAUUAGCUUUGUUUCAUGCACAGCUGGCCUACUGUGUUGUACAGUUCCUGGAAAAAGAUACGACAUUAACAGAACCAGUUAUCAGAGGAUUGCUCAAAUUUUGGCCAAAAACUUGCAGUCAGAAAGAGGUGAUGUUUUUAGGUGAAAUUGAAGAAAUCUUAGAUGUAAUAGAACCAACCCAGUUCAAAAAAAUAGAAGAACCUCUAUUUAAGCAGAUAUCCAAGUGUGUGUCAAGUUCCCAUUUUCAGGUUGCAGAAAGGGCUUUGUAUUUCUGGAAUAAUGAGUACAUUCUUAGUCUGAUUGAGGAGAACAUUAACAAAAUUCUACCAAUUAUGUUUGGUAGUUUAUACAAGAUCUCCAAAGAACACUGGAAUCCAACCAUUGUAGCACUGGUGUAUAAUGUGCUGAAAACAUUGAUGGAAAUGAAUGGCAAGCUAUUUGAUGAACUUACAAGCUCAUACAAAGCAGAAAGACAAAGAGAAAAAAAGAAGGAAUUGGAACGUGAAGAGUUGUGGAGAAAGUUAGAAGAGCUAAAGCUAAAGAAGACUCUGGUUGAAAAGCAAAACAGUACUCACAACGUGCUAAAUGCACACAACAGUACAAGUGCCAAAUAAAGAAACAAUGACCUCUGCUUGAUAGACAUACUUUUGUACACAUUUUUGAAAUAUGUAAAAAUUGCAAAACAGAAACUUCAUCAGUAUAGUAGAAAUGGCCAACUUUUUUUCUGGCAUAAUGUAAAUGGGGAAAAAAAAAUCUAUGACUUUAAAUACAAGAGUUGAAUGAUAUAUCAUUACCACAGCAUAUUGUAAAUUUGUCUAAUCAUUGAUAUGUCACUUCUGAAGUUUCACAGAAAUGAAUUUUAUUCAUAAUAUGAGUGAGAAUUAUGGGAGUGGUGAGAAUUAUGACUUGAAUUUUCUUUUUGAUUGUGUUGCACAUAGGUGGUAUAGUCUAUGUACAUUUUUCCUUUGUUUUAUACAUGCUUUUUACAUUGCUGCAAACCUUGGUUGAGAUUCUAGAAAAGGCUUCUAGUUCUGCUGUAUUUUCUCAAAUAAAACUAAGGUACAUUACUUUUUACCUGUAACUUGAUGGGAUUCUCUGCGUGCCCCUUAUUAUCAGAGAUCUCAAAGAUACUGUUGUAUAGAAUUCCACUGAGUGAAGAUGCCUAUUCAGUGGGUUUAAAUUUUUAAUUAUGAAAAGCACAAGUUAGAAAUAGGAUGAAGUAUGAAAACAUAAAAUAAAACUCUAGUUUGAACAGAUUACUGUAUAUCUUGUGUCUGACCUUCCACUUUGAUGAAUGCCUUGCUGUUCACGUGCCCCCUCCAUGCUUCACUCUGCUGGGUCUGUUUAAGUUUGUUUCUCAUCCUGCAGCUGAGGAUGGAGCUUCCCUUAGAGCCCAUCAAUGAAGCUCUUAUGUCAACCCAAGGAAUCUCUGUGGAACAAUGCAGUUCCCUCCUUCAGAGGCUGAUUGAGCUGUCUGCAGCACUUUCAGCUUCUGCUGGCCUGGGGAGUGAGACAAAAUCUGGCAUUCCAAACAAGGUUUCUCUAUGGCAGUGCCGAGCACUAACCACAAAUGCCUUGUUUUAUUUAGUGAAAAUGCAGUAUGCUGCUUAAAUAUGGAAAAAGCUGACUAUAGAAGUCGUUUGUUUUACUUAAUCAAGUCUUGCUCACAUCUUUUAUCAGACGUACCAUUCCAAUCUCUUAAAUUGCAGUUGUGUGAAAACUGUUUUGUAAUAAAAUCUUCACUGGGGGAUUGAGCAGCAUUCAAUAAAGUCUUUAUGUUUGUA